AGCGAAAACCCGUGCUGCUUUGGUUUGCGCGCAGCGCCCGCAGUUGCCGGGCCCGUGGCAGGCCUGUGCUUGGCGUCACGGCUUGGUGAGCGACGACGUGGCCGCAUACGACGCCAGCAGGCCGCCCACGACGCAUCGGACGCAUAAAAGCUCCUCAGAGUGAAUUGGGGCAGCCCCCACAUGAUGGAGCCCGCGCCCGCCCCGGCGCCGGCCCCGACGCCGGCCCCCGCACCGGCGCCCGCACCGAGCUCGCAACUCGUGGAAGCGCAGCCCCUGCGCGAGGACGGCUUGGAGUUCCUGUCUGAUACGCUCGAGCGCGAGUACGGCGACUUGUUUAUUGAGACCGAAGAGCAGGAUGAUAAUGAGAGCGUCACGACGCUAGAUACGGCGGCCACGGUGAACCUGAGGAAGGUGUCGAACAAUGAACUGCUACAUAUAUCUAGACGAUUGGACGAGCUCGUAAGUAACAGAAAUGAGUUAAGGAAAAGCGCGGACGCCAAAUCACUAGUCGCGGAACAAGAGCUCUACAAAGCGCAGACCCAGGAAGAGCUCGCCGAGCAGGCGUGGCAGAAGCAUGUUGACCUCGAGUAUGAGGCGGACAACAUGAGAGAUGCGAAUGGGAACAAACUAGGCCGAGGGGCCCUGUCUGUCGACCAGUUGAAGGCUUUUAAACAAGCUAAAGAUGAUGCUCAUCGGCAGCGAACGCUAGCGACGCGCCAGAGGGAACACGCUAGUGAAGAACACCAACUAGCUCUACGAGAGGAGCACCUCCGACAAAAUGCGGAACGCGCCUGCGCUGCGGUCGCCGAGAAGGCCCUGGGUGCGCAGAAGGUGCGCGACGAGCGCUGGGAGGAGACCGUCGAAAAGUCGAAACGCACCGUAGCGCUGGAAAUCCAAGGGGCCAAAAAUGUGAUAAAAAGGCACAACAAACGUAGGGAAGCAGCUUUGCUAGCCGCCGAGAAGGAACGGGUCCAGCAGGAGAUUCGCGACAAGGCUGCUCAACUAGGUUUGGCCAAGGCGCAGGCUCGCGUCGCGGAGAAAGAAAAACUCAACAGAGAAACUCAAAAAUUAGCCGACAAGGCCCAGCGCGAAGCGCUGGAGAAGAGAGCUGCCGCUAUAAUAGAACUGAAGCACAACAUCGACAAGAACACUUUGGAAUUGAAGGCGCUGAACGAAAAGCGCGCGAUGCGCGAAAAGAAGAAAAAAGAGGCCUUCGAGAGGGAGAAGGCGGAGAUCGAGGCUCGCGGCGAGAACCCCUAUCAAGUGUUCUUGCAGCGGGAUAUUGAUAGGAAGUAUGAAAGAGAUGUCAGGGAAGCGAAGGAGAAAAUAGAAAGGAAAAGGCAGGAGGUCAUCGACCGCAUCGCGAAGGAUGAUGAAAGGCAGCGGAAGAUCGACGCGAAGAAGCAUCAUGAUGAAGUGAUGGCUAAAAAACAUCGAGCUACGCUUGGUCGUCAUUUCGCGCAAGCGCGGAAUGACAAGUAUCUGAUCGAGAAGACUGGAAGGCAGUUGAUCGAUCCUACUGGUAGAUCCGUAGAACCGAUCUUCCCGUCCCAGGAAACGAAGAUGCUGGACAACACGUUUGGCACGGGUUUACUCGGUCGGAAGACCGCUGAAGAGCGCGAAGAACUGAUUCGUAAUCUAGCUGCGUCGGCGGAACACUCACAACAGAUCAAGAAGGACCCGUAUGGCGAGUUCUCUCGCUUCGUGCCCAAGCUCAAAGGUGCAGAAACGAGGGAGUCGCGUAACGAAGACCCUCGUCAAUCCCUCGAGCAGUUCGGCGCCGAGAGCCAGGCCGUUGCUGUGGUCGAUGAGGAUGCUCUGGUGGUGAAGGAACUGUCGAAGUUCGAGUUGCAAUGUCGAGAGAAGGCCCAACAGCGGCAGAAGGACCGACUCGCAACGGGGACUCCUCAAUCAGUCGCGGGCAAAACUCUCAAAAGUAGCGCAUUCGUCUCGGAACCGUCUACGAUAGAGUACAUCGACUUCACGCCCGGUGUGCGGCAUGUGCUGAACAUCAAGCUGACCAAUGGCUCGUUAACGUUCAACAACUUUAAGUUAUUACCGAUGGCCGAUGAAGUGACUGAUUUUUUUGAGAUUACUUAUACUAAACCUGGAAGGAUGUCCGCGGGCACGUCUUGUAUGUUGGAGAUCGCCUUCACGCCCCAGGUCAACGAGGACAUUUUUGCGGAGUUACCCAUGUUAGCGGCGACGGGACCUUUCUCCAUCCCAAUCAGAUGUACGACGAAGAAGGUCGUACCUUCUAUUUCUCAUGAACACGUCACUUUUGACGACGUGGUCAUGGGUGAAGAAAGUACGGUAGUGUUAACUAUCAAGAACGACGGCGCGCUACCUACGACGUAUACUUUUUACGACCCAGAAACCAUGGAGCCUUUGGGACUGAAGAAGCCAGAGGUGCUGAAGAUCGAGUCUAGCCCUGUGAAGGCGCCUCCCACUACCGGUCUGUUGUCUCCCGCCCUCUCGCCGACGCCGACCGCGCUCCUGUCGCCGGACGGCGACACGGAUGAUGAAGGCCUAGCGCCGGCGCCCGCACCGUUGAUCGAGGGCGAGGAGGAGCUGGACGCCGAAGAAGAGGAGCAGCGGCAGGCCUUGGCCGAAGAGUCUUUAGUAGAGAAGUCGUACGUAAAGCACAGAGAGUGCCUCCAGUACAAGGAUGGCCUGACGGCGCUACAGUACGAAGGCGGCGGCGUCGUCGAGGGCUACUCGUCCACGACGCAUGCCAUCAAGUUCGCGCCGCUCCGAGCUGGAUAUGAAAGACAAGCUGUAUUGGUAAAAUUCGAGGGCUACGAUCAAGACUUAGAAUUUACGAUCCUAGGGUCGUCGAUAGAAGUACCUAUUUACCUGGAGGAAGCGUUGCAUGAUUUCCGAUGUGUUGUGCAUGGGAAGUUGUAUCGGAAGAAGCUGCUGAUACAUAACAGGGGUAAGAUAGCCAUGAAGUGCAUAGCGCAAGUACCGCCCAAGUAUAAAGAUUAUAUCGAGUACCAGCCGGACAUGGGCUUCGUCCAACCUGGUGCGUCGUUUGAGAUGGGCAUUAAGUUUAGGCCGCAGCAUGAGUUAGUGAAGGCAUCAAAACCAUACUGCCUCGAGGACAGCGAUGUAGUAGCUAUUCCUCUCAAGCUCAAGUGCCCGGACCAAAAGUUACCGGUCUGGUACACGCUGAAGGCAAGACUUACGAGUGGUGACAUAAAUUUCAGUACUAAGACCUUUGAAUUUGGCAACUGCUACGUGGGCGAAGGGCUGUCGAUGCCUCUGACGCUCACGAACACCUCGUUACUGCCGCAGAAGUUUGGUUUUGUCCAGUUGAAAGAUGAGGUCGACGUGCAACCCGAAGAAGAAAGAAUAGGGAUAUUGUUACCUAAAGAAUCGAAGCAAGUGCAAGUAAUCUUCAAGCCGCGCAUCGCGCAAGUGCUCGAGUUACCGUUGGUGUGCAAGACGACGAUGAACAUGACCUACAAUUUUGUGUUGAAGGGUGUUGGUAUUGAUCCUCCCUUACGGUUCGAACAAACGGUCAUGCAGUUGGCCCCUUGCCAGCCCGGUGAUCAACAAGUGGCCUCGUUCUUCUGCUCGCACCCCCUGCCCAAGGGGCAUAAAAGGGGCGUACCGCGGACCUUCGAGAUCAAGGUCCCGAAGCCUCAUAGGUCGCACAUUACCGUGCAGCCGUCUGUUGCUGUGGUUGGUCCGGGCGAGACUAGGAGGAUUGAAGUGACGUUCGCGCCGCCGCGCUGGAAGGGACCGAAGCAGCCUCCUCUAAGGGACCAGCCCGACAUCGAAGAACCUGAUUGGAAGAAGGUUUUAGGUUUGCCGGACGCGCCGCCGCCGCCCCCGGUUGAAGAAGAGGAGGAGCCCGAGGACUCUGGCGACGACGACGAUAGAACAGAUGAGGAAUUGAGGGAGCUGGCUGAUAGUGGAGAUGCAACGGCCUUGGAAUUACUGGAGCAGCGCGAAGCGCGCGCGGCCCGGAAAGCGCAAGAGGAAGAGGAACGGCUAGCCAGAGAGAGAGCUCCCCCGGAGCCGUGGGAGGGCACCUUUGAAACGUCCAAACACCGGGUCAAGGGCCAGGAGGGCUACGCGCCCCAUACGAAUGACGAUGAUAUUGAGCCGUGGAGCGAGCAUGGGGCCUGGAAGCUCCCGUGCUAUGUGCAAGAUCAAGGGCCGCCCCUCAUGUUGGAGGUGCACACGACGGCCGUCGAGCGAACGUUAUGGUGCGACUGCGAACGACUAGAUUUCGGGCAAUUGGCCGUGGGGCAGACGAAAACUUUGCCGUUACGCUUGCGGAACUUGUCGGAGGACGAUACGACUUUAUUUGUCAAGAAUAUAGCCGGUCUCAAUGCCGUGGGGCCCUUCUCCGUAAGGAACGCCCUGCGACCCUUACCUCCCAAGUCGCCUCCACAUGUCUGCUUAGUGCAGUUCGCGCCCUUUAACAAAGGCGUGCGGUCGGAGGUGCUCGAAUUAUUCUGCGAGCAGCUGGGGCGGACCCUGAGGGUGCAAUUGCGGGGCGAGGGGGUCUCUCCCACUCUUGAGUUGGACCCGGAGGAUGGCAAAUUGGAUCUAGGACAUGUGGCUGCCGGAAGGUCAUCGAUGAAGGAGUUGAGAAUAACAAACACGAGUGUGUUCCCGCUGACUUACUCUCUAAAACCGCAGAAAGAACCGGAACCGCGCGAGAACCGGGACGGCUCCACACCCUUCCUCUGCAUCCCGUCGGAGCAUACGAUCCCGCCGGGCGAAACGCAAGUCGUCGAAUGUAAGUUCCGACCGGACCACGGCCGGGCCUGGCCCUUCACGUCGGAAUUGCACGUCGAGGUGCCGAACGAGUCGAAAAGGCACGUAUUGUAUCUGAAGGGUUACGGCCACGACGAGCAGAUGUACCUGGCGUGUCCUGGUAAGGAAGUAGCACAGCCAGAUUCCCUGGAGGACUUCAAUUGUUUACCAGCGUCGGAGUUCGACGCGGGCAUGGAAGCGGCGGAAGCCAUGGGUCUGGCCAAACGCUUGGUUCCUAGAAUAGCCGUCAAAUUUGAUAGAGAAACGAACGAACCACAAACAAUAUUCGUGGGCUGCUGCGCCAACGACGCUCCAUCUAAAUCCGUGGCGAACCCUUCUACAUUAUCCGGCAACGGGGCGUUCGAGAUCGCGUGGGAAUACGACGACGCGAGGUUCGAGGGCUUAUUUGCGGCGUCUCCCGACAAGGGAUCGGCGUCGGCGGGCGCCGAGACCCCGGUGACGUUCACGUUCAACCCGCCGGAGGCCCAGGGCGUCUCGGGACUCGACGUCGGGUGCUGGGUGCGCGCGGUCGCGACUUUUAUGCUGAAGGGCGCGCCGCGCGAUUCUACCUUCGAGGUCGAGCUGACGGGGUACUUGCCUAAUCUGUGAAGAAACUUA